CACGCGCGCGCAUCGGAGUGUGUGAGCAGCAGGAGGAGCACGAGCUGGCCGCGAGUUCUCCGAAUGAGAAACAAGAAGAACGGGGGUACAAGAGAGAGUGGGGAGGAGGGGGGAGGAAAGUUACGAGGUAGGAAAGGAUGAAUAAUUCGAAAGUGCCGCUGCUUUCGGAAUCUCUGCUUUGUCAGUUUGUGCAAUACGGGAAGUAAAGCAUAACGGCGCUUCCCGGUAUAAAAUAGUCACGCUUCGUCUAAAGAUGUGCGCGUCAAAUGUUUCGCAUAGCGAAACUAAAAUAAGAAUGCAGCUGUGUGCCGCGUAAGUGUACAGCAGAACGGAGGCGCACGCUUCGAGGAAAGGAUAAAUCCCAAGAACAUGUUGCUGCCGGCAAGACUUAUCAGAUGCGGAAUGCAUUCUUUCAUUGUAAGUUAUUAUUUACACAUUAUGAUUUACACAUUUACAGAACUUGACUCCCAGUGCAGUGAGAACUUACAUGGACGGAGAAGCUUCGGACACCUUCUGCUUCCCUACCGAACGAGGUCCCACGAUGAAGAUAAGAUGCUCCUCCGCUGGCAGACGCCUCUACAAGCCGCUCAUCUUUACCGCGUCGCUCUUAGUGGUGUUUUUAUUAAAGUUCGUCUAUGUAAAAGUGACCCUGCGGAACAGCUACUUCAUCGAGCCCUGUGGAAUUGUUUCAGCUUUUUCCAAAUUUCAGAACACCAAGUAUAACAUCAACUGCACAGCAGUUUACGAGUUGGACCCAGUGGAGGUUGGGAAGUCAUUGGAGAUCAGAAGGAAGUACAUAGUGGACCUGGGCGAUGAGGACAUUGAGGUUCUAACCUCGGACUGCUGGAAGUUCACCGAAGCCAGAGGAUACCCGAAGCAGCCUUCUUCUGAGGAGGAGAGACUCUUUCCUCUUGCCUACUCACUGGUUGUGCACAAACAUGCCUCCAUGGUGGAGAGGAUCCUCCGGGCUAUCUACAUGCCCCAGAACAUUUAUUGCAUUCAUUAUGAUAAAAAGUCCUCCCCAGGUUUCGUCGCUGCCCUGAAGAGCCUGGUCAAGUGCUUCCCCAAUGUGUUCAUCGCGUCAAAGCUAGAGGUUGUCCAGUAUGCUAACAUCACAAGGCUCAUGGCUGACUUAAACUGCCUGUCAGACCUCCUCCAGUCUACUGUCACGUGGAAGUAUGUCAUCAACCUGUGUGGCCAGGACUUUCCUCUCAAGUCCAACUUUGAGUUGGUGAGGGAGCUGAAGGCACUGCGUGGGGGCAACAUGCUGGAGUCAAGCCGCCCGAGUCAGUACAAGAAGCAGCGCUUUCAGUUCCAGCAUAUCCUCAAAGGUGCGUCCUACGAGUACCGCAAGCUGCCUGUGAAGACGACAAAAGCCAAAGAGCAGCCUCCACACAAUAUUGAGGUUUUCACUGGAAGUGCCUACUUUGUCCUGUCCCAUGUGUUUGUCUCUUAUAUCAAUGGAAACCCAGUGGUGGAGGACCUCUUGGCCUGGUCAGUGGACACCUACUCCCCUGAUGAGCACUUCUGGGCCACUCUGGCACGGCUGCCAGGGGUGCCGGGUGAGAUCCCCAGGUCCGCACCCGAUGUCACGGAUCUCAAGAGCAAGACCCGGCUGGUGAAGUGGAGUUACCUGGAGGGGUCCAGCUACCCACCCUGCACAGGUACCCACUUGCGUAGUGUCUGCAUAUAUGGAGCUGCAGAGCUGCGUUGGCUACUGAAUUACGGACACUGGUUUGCCAACAAGGUGGAUCCCAAAGUAGAUCCCGUGGUCAUUAAGUGCCUUGAGGAGCACCUUGUGGAGAAAGAGAGACGCCUAGUGAACUCCAGGUUAAGGAGUAAUCACUCUCAGCUUUCACUGGUGCCCCAGUUUGUGUGGUUAUAAAGAGUAAAAUAAGUCUUUGCUGAGUGUGUGUGGUCAAUGACCACAAGAACUCGUGGUUGCUGACCCACCAAGGAAGCAUAUAUGUAACACUAAUGUGGCUAUAAACUGAAAGCUCAAUGUUGUAAGAAAGGGAAUUAGA